AUGAGCACCGCUGACGGCAGAUUUUGUGGUCUUGGAGCAAUACUAUGGGGCUACGACGCCCAAAUUGGCACUGGCCUCCUGUCUGUACCAUUCUACCGUCGUGACUUUGGUUAUCAGCUAGGAGUGGACUACGUUAUCCCCGCACGAUGGCAAAGUGCAUUCAACUCCGUCUCUUCUAUAGGUGGUAUGUUUGGCGGAUUAGCUGUAGGAUGGAUUGCAGAUCGUGUUGGCCAUCGUGGAGCCAUCACAAUCGCGUGUAUCAUAUCGAUUGCCGCGGUCUUUAUGCAGUUCUUCUGUCCCCCUCAUCAAAAUGCAUUGCUUCUGAUUGGCAAACUCGUUAAUGGGGUCGCCCUCGGCAUUUAUAUAUCUACAGCUGCAGCUUACUGUGCGGAAAUUUCUCCAACACCUCUUCGGGGUAUCACAACGGGGUGCGUCAAUUUGUGGAUUGUUGUCGGUCAAUUCAUGGCAAAUUGCGUGAUACAAGGUCUGGGCUCCAGGGAGGAUAGAUACGCCUAUCGUAUACCAUUAGGUCAGAACCAACGGUCUAAAGCAGUCUUACUAGCUCUUGGUACCAAGGAAGCAGAUCUACAUCUACGCCAAAUCCAAGCAACCAUUGCUUUGGAAGACCUGUACGCGGCUGAGACCACUUACUGGCAAUGCUUUCGAGGCACAAAUCUACGCAGGACCAUCAUCGCUUUGAUGGUUUUCGUUCUCCAACAGAUCGUUGGAGUCAUCUUUGUGCUUGGCUAUAGUACCUAUUUCUUCCAGCUCGCCGGCUUUAAGUCGUCAGACUCUUUCAAACUUGGCGUGGGAGUUACUGCAAUCGGCGUAGUCGGCAAUCUUACAGCACUAUACAGUGUCAAUCGAUUCGGCAGAAGACCUUUGUUCUUGUGGGGAAUGAUUGGAUGUACUGCUGUCAAUUUUGGUAUCGGCUUCUCCUCUAUCUCCAACACAAAAGCUGCAAGCUGGGUGGAGGCUAUCUUUACCUUGAUCUUCGGCUUUGUGUAUCAAGGUAGUAUCGGACCGUUGGGAUAUGUUAUAUUCUCAGAAAUCAGCUCUGCUAAAUUGAGAUCAAAGACGGUAGGCUUAGGAAUAUUUGUCAAUUCACUUUGUGGGAUGUUAGCAAGUAUCGUCAUACCGACAGUGGAUGAGCUUGACGCGUUGUUUGAGGCCAAGGUUUCUUCACGCAAAUUUGCGGAAACAUCAAUUGUCAGAUGA